AUGUUUAUGUGCCCCAGCUGUUUGACUGCACACGAGACUCUUCAAGUUACGUUUGAAGGACACACAAUCAUACCAGCAGCGGAGAUUCGACCAGAACUUUACGAGGUCUUAUUGAAGCGCGAAAAUUUCUGCUUGGAGAAUUACCACUUGCAGUCAACAACAAACUAUUUCUGCCUGAAUUGUCAGUCUUGCAUUUGCUUUUUAUGCGUCGUGACGACACACCGGGAACAUGAACUUUUGGCUCUCGACGAGGCAGCUGACAUCGAAGCGGAGAGAAUUAUUACGAACAUUGAGCUAGCUAGAGGAAAAGAAAACGUGUUGAUCGAUGCGAUCGAGCAGUUUGAAAAAAGCAUCGAAGAGUUGGAAAGCAAUGCUGAAAUUGCUAAUCAUGGAGUCUUUGAGGCAGCCGAAGAGAUUAUUUCAAACAUUCGAGAACGCACUCUUGAAAUGCUUGCAUCCUUCGUUACGACGCACGCAAUUGAACAAGCGAAAAUAAGUAUUGCAAACGAAAAAAUGCUAACCCGGUCCAAAUGCGACGAAACAACUCCAGCGUCGACAAUCCACGCCACAGUCGACAAACAUAGAGCCUUACGAGAAGUUGGGAAAUAUCAACAAAUACUUGCAGAAAGUCAAGAACGUCAGCGUGAGGCAGUUGAAUAUCUAGAAUACAUUGAGAAUACGCGCGUUAUAAGACUUGAGAAAAUUGAUGAUGCUAAAAGGAAAGCGAAAUCACUGUUGGAACAAGUGAAUCGGUCUGUCGACUUUGUGGAAAGUGUGGUUAUGUAUGGUUCAAGUUCAUACAUUAUGCAAAAUCGAGAAAAUUUGUAUAAAAGAGUUAAAGAUCUUUGCGAAACUGAAGUUCCACAACAUCGCGAAACCUCUUAUAUUAAAUUUACGGCGGCAAGUGAGGCGGGCCAAAGACUGGGUUACAUCUUAACUGAGGAGAUAGAUCUGAGUCUGACCACUUUGGAAGGACUGGAUGAAACUCUUGAGGCUGGCGUAAAGGCAGUGAUGACAUUAUGUCCAAAAACGACCGAGGGUAACACAAUUAACCAGCCAGACCUAAAGGGUCUUGUAGAAGUAUUGAUUGAACCUGCACCGGAAGUGGCGGAUUUGGCUAUUAGCGACAAAAAAGAUGGGAAGCUUGAAAUACAUUUUACGCCGAAGGUACCAGGUGCCUACAGCAUUGAAGUUAAAAUCAGUGGUGACAGACUUCUCAUUUGCCCUGCUAGUGUAGAGGUGACAGAAAAUGAAGUGGGUGAGUUUUAAUAUCGAUGUAUUAAGUAGAAAAGUAAGUCUUGGUAUUUAGGCAUUCGGACUUUACGGUGAAUCGAACAUAAUUGGACAAUUCAAUAUCUGCAAGUUCGGUUACUGAUCCAAUUGAACUAAUUAAUAACAAAACUAAUCUAAAUAAGGGCUAUAACUAAAUCGAACUCGAGUAAUUUAUUUCUGCGAUUUCUGAGUGCAAAAUUGCGUGUGCAUAGUCUACUAACAGUACAAAAUCACCGGAAUUUUUUCCGAAGGGUUGAUCUUUAACGUUGAGUGGUGUUCAGGGAAGCGACUGGCGACAUAGAAAAAUAGGUCGUUUGACCUGUAACUGUGAGAAUUCUAAAAGGGUGGUCUUGGGACUGAAUAACUCUGAAAGUCCAACGAUCACUCUAAUCUUAGAGGAGCAGUCUGUGAUGAUUUAAUAGUUGAGGGCUUCAUGAGAGAUUUAUUUCAGCUGUUCUGUUUCGCGCGAUCAAAAGGUGAUCACACUCAUCAAACAAUGCAAAUGAUCGGAGCAUUCAGUUCAACGCUUGCGGUACAACUGACAUACACGGUUGUUGUAGCGGCUAUAGUUCGGCGUUAUGCUGAAGUUCGGUAAUUCGAUAGGUUGAGGAUUCUUAAGUGUCUCUUGCAGAUUAUUGCAGACUUUUCGUGAGAAACACAUUCACAUUUCUUGCUAAUAUUGGGUGAUCCUCUCUUGCUAAGAUCUUCAACUGACCCGGAUCAAACUGAAACACAACCGGUAACCUAAUUAAUGAACUGAUCACUUUUUAGUUAUGUCACAUAACAUAAGCACCAAAAAGGCAAUAAAAGCAACCCUUGGCUUAAUUACCGGUAAGGUCGCUGCAACCGGAAUUCGUUCUAAUUGCUCAUAGUUAAUAAUAGUUUUGUUUUGAUUUUGAUAUUUCUCUCUCUGUUUGAGCUUCAGCUCUGAACAUUCGACUAUUUUCCAAGACAGAGAUUAAGAGGGAGAUUUUCAAGUAAGUAUGUUUGCUUAUGAUGUAAUUACAAAGUGAAAACUGAGGAUAGAAGAUAUCUUUUAAGGUCGGAUCUCUGCAAAUUCAAUCUUUGGGUUUUCCCGAGUUACGUGUGACAUGUGCUUUCGUUAAUAAUGGCCAUCGAGUGAAUAACUAGCCUGGCUUUUUUCUUGUAUUUCCGUCCAUAGUAUUAUUUUCACUCUUUAACUCAAGUCUGACAACAGGAUCUAAACAUUUUCAGAGAAACGAUUACAGAGAGAGGAGAGGUAAAAAUGUUAAAAGAGCUUCCUGGUUGUUUUUCAUUUGCAUGCCGUGCUGUGAGGAAACCUACGGAGGUCAUAUGCUCAUUAUGGAGUCCAAGAAUCCGAUCACCAUCUCUUGGACCAAAUGAGAUCAUAGUAAGUAGUGUUGUAGAGCUUUCCCUGAAUGAACGGCCAUCGACUUCCAAAGACAUGAAAGAAUUUCACGGAAAAGUGAUGAUAGCUAUAUCACAUAGUGCAACUGACCUGAAAGGCUAUGAACUGGUAGUAAAAAAAUUGACAAAUGGAGAGAACAGGGACUGGGAGGACUUGGAGACCAGAAGUGUCUGGAGACCAUCAGGUACAAAUAUUGUUUAAAAUUAUACCAGAUAUCGUCUGUCCCCGACAACCUAAUCGCGACUUGCCUUGCUAAGGGCGAGCUAGCACUACCGAUAAAAAUCGGAUGGUGAUCAGACGCUUGCUCGAGGGUUUUACUCGUCUUGUAUGUUGUUAAUAAUGAUAAAAGUUUUCAACGAUUGGGAAGACACUAACCUCGUUAUUUCUGCUAACCCUUCGCCGGCAUGGCCGGCGUAUCAAGAGGAAUGAUGUUAAUUAAUGAGCCAGUUAAUUAGGAUGUUAUCACAGUUCUUAGAUUUUCGAAAGAAGUCCUCGGAUGCCAUUAGUUAGCUUGAUCCGAUAGCGUGAUGUAAGGCAUGUAUUUUCAAAUACGUUCUCUAACUUGAAAUCGUUUUUUUAAAACGAUUCCAAGCCAGAAAACGUUUUAAAUUUUUUUAGUAAUGUGUAAAGCUAUAUAUUUAGUACCACUGACAUUACUUAUUGCUUUUAUUUAUUGCAGAUCUAGAAAGUGGGCAUUUUGGAAGGCAUCGACUUCCAGAUUGGUUAUUUCCUUUUGUUGAGGCAGAAAUAGGAAGUUCCGCGUCCUUUGCUGUAGUAUGGCGCCUCAAGUCGUUCACAUUUAACAAACCAUCCUUAACGACCUCUCAGUUUACUUGCUCUCUCCAAGAGUAUCCAGGACUAAGUGUGAUUGUUCCUCAAAGUUCUCUCCCUUCAAGUGAAAACUUUUCAUUGACCUUAAAGGUAACAUAGCAGGGAUUCAAGUGUAACUUAACUAAGGAGUUCAGUGCCUUUAGUGUUUGUCUUUGUUGACCAAACAAUGCAGUAUACUUUAUAAUUGUGAAGAGCUCCGUCUUUUUCUUUCUUUGAGACCGAAAGCAACAUGUAGUUUUAAAAGAAUGGCUAUAUCUUUGCGCUUUAUCGAUUAUAAUCACCGGCAAUCACUUUGUAUUUGGAUUCCUUGCAUAUAUUCUUCUUGUUUCAAAUCGCUUGCUGUUUCCUGUACAGGUACAAGAGGCUCCGUGUGAUGCAUUUCCAAAUAGUACCAUCUUUGGCGGACCUAUCCUUCAUAUUUCGUGUAAUCCAAAACUAGGGCACUUAUCGACACCUGCCACGUUAAAACUCCCCGUUACUCUGCGAGAAGACACGAUUAAGUUGCCAUACCAUUCGCCCUAUGACUUAAGAAUAUUUUGUCGACGCUCUGAAGACGAAGAACCAGAAUGGGCAGAAAUGACCGAAGAACUAGGACGAUCAGUAGAUCUUGAGAACGGGAUAGUGACUUUUGAAGUAUACCAUCUCUCAGAGUAAGUAUAUGACCUUUAGGAUGGCCGGCUGGUGCAGUCCGCUGAGUUCAUAAACUCAGAAUAUUUCCUUUUUCCUCUAGUGGUACAGCAUUACCAACGACCCGUCAUGAGGUUGGGUAACUUAAAAUUGAGUAAAAACGUUGAUCGUGACGAUGGAUUUAUUAAGUUGUGCGUUUAAGGCUACCCCUACUGGAAUACCGAUUCACAAGUGAGACUGAUUCACAAAAACUUUGUUUUCGAAGUCAUUCUUCAUGGUUCAAGGGAAAUGAGACAAAGAGAACUUCUAAAAACAAAUCACGUUCACUUAUGCAUGGCCAAACCGAAAACGCGCGUCGCGAGGAGAAUUAAAGCCCAGCUUUUAACUUGUAAAGAAAAAUCUCCAAAAUGGAAUUGGAUUGAAUAAAGAUUUCAGUUUUGGAAAUGAAAGACUGAAAAAUUAAUCUUCAGGUAGUUAGCUCAUAACGUCUCAUGUUCUCCUUUAGGUUCUGGGUAUGGCUUGACUGGAUGAAGAAACCUGCUGUUUCUAUGAAGACGUCUGUACGGGAUCUGUACAGGAGACUCAUGGCGCAAGAAGCCCGAUUUUUAGCUUGCCUAUGUGAUAUAGGGAAACCUGGGGACUACUUGCUAACUCUUUGUUGUUUCCCAUUCCACUUAAAAAACUUGGUGCAAGAAGGUUUAUCUUCAACAUACCGUGUGUGCUGUCAAGGUGAAGAAAACUCAUUGAAGCCACUUUGCAGGGAAGAUCAAGCAUUUGUGUCCCUCUCCGAAGCAUUUAUUGUAGUGCAAAAAGGACAAUUUGAAAACUUUUUUCUGAAGUAAGUGUCAAAUAUCAAGAUUUAACUUUCACUUUUAAGUUUUUGCCAUCAGUGGUUCCCCUUUUUCAAAUUGUUCAGACUCUGAUGAUUUGCUCGUGAGAGACAAAGUGACCUAAAAAGGGCCAGCAUCGCUUUCAGCUAAUAUUUUGGAGAAUUCAAUGCCAUAUCCUCUUCUUUCGCCAAACCUAUGUUCAAGGGGUUAUUUAUACCCCUUACUCACAAGCAGAUUCUUUAGUAACCUUUUAUAGAACUCUAAGCGUUUUCUGUCCUUCAGGUUUCUGGGUAAUGAGCCAUUUCAACGUAGCGUGCCCGUUAGAGUCGUCGAUCUAAGCUGUCUACAGGUAGACUUCUAUAAGUGGCAGGAACACCGAUCUGACAAGGAAAUGUUGUGUUCAUUGUUUGUCAUACCAACAUCUCAAGCUCAGGUACCUUACAUAUGAUCUUAUCGUUGAAUUUAAUCCACUUAACGCGAUAAAGCAGCCGCUAAGGAAAGUGAGAAAACAGAGCAGCGGAUUUGCCCUCUUCGGCACACCCCAACCAAAAGUUCCCCUAUGUAUCUUUCCCCUGGGAGGUAUAUGAGCUAUUUUGCUCAAAAAUGUUUUGCACAGUCCAGUAGACUGACAGGAUCAGUUUUGAGUUGGCCUACAGGAAAAAUCAGAUCAACAUUACGCAUUCCCAGUCUUUUGUGUGACCCAGUAAAUCCUUGGGGCUCCCUCCUGAUAGAAAAUUUAGUGCAGGAAUGAAAUGCUAGCAAUUUUGAUAAGCUUGGAUAAACAAUACAUGGGGCUUACCGGAGAGGGUGGGGCGAAGAAGAGGCAAACGCGUGCUCAGAUUGCUUCAAGUGGAUUUUGAAAACAAUGGAUGUGGGCUUCUAGAGGCUCGGCCAAGCCCCUUAACAAACAACUUUAGGAAGAAAAGUGAAGAACCAAUCUGAGGAUUUUAGUGUCUGUUGCAGGGCUCUUACAAUUUUAGCUUCCCCUCUACAUUGCAAGAGAGGAUGAGGCACAAGGAGCAAGAUGGACAGGUAAGAACUAAAGAUACAAGUAGAAACUAUAUAAUUGAAAGCACAUUGGCAAGUUAAAUGUUACCUCCUACAGGUUGAAAAGAACAACAAUCUCCAAGUGUACUCAGCCAAAGAUGACUAGUAAAAUCACAAAUGUUCAUGCAGUAACUGUCAUAUUCAAGUAUUCAUAGUAGCCUUGAUUUCAUUCAUCGUUUGUAGAAUACAAAACGACCAAGAGUCUGUAAAAUCCGCUCAGCGGAAUUAGCUUUUUGUCGAUAAGCUGUUAGGUUUUUCACUUACCUCAACAUCGCAGCAAAGCAGUCUCUUUUAGAUCUUAAUCGGUUCAUAUAUCGCGAUUGCCGACUGCAGUGUGCAAUGUAUUGCGAUAUCUGUGUAAGAUAUUUCGAGUAACCACAUGGUGUAAUAACCAUCAAUGCUCAGGCUCCAACGUCCUUGUGGGUUUGCCUUAAGUCGAAGGAGGUAAUUAGCUGUGAAAUGUAACCAACACAAAAUAGCACGAUUGUAAAUUUGUCCAUUCAGCAUCGUUGAGCAGCUAUCUAGUUUGCACUUAUCUAAGCAAGAGCCUGCUAGGCAUGCCAUUGUAUACUUUCCUAUCAACCCAAAACUGUCACCUACCUUGAUUCGGCUUUGAACCAGGGACUUGCAGUUGGGUGGGGGAGAGAGGGGGUGCAGGUUUGUGAUUCGGCGGAGUUCAGGGAUCAAGCUCCUCAUGAACCACGUUGCAUUCCUUCUUGGUUAUCACCAGAAGAUUGUAACGUAUCGCUAUUUCGUGUCAAACAGAUCUCUUGGUCUCUACGCUUGGCUAUAACAAUUAGACUAAUCAGUUAUUUAAACUGGCUCUCAUCAUUCUGUGUAAAUCCAAGUUGAGAGUAACAUUCUCAGAAAAAAACCUUUGAUGGUGACUUUUGACAAACGGCUUCUGUAUUUAUUUUGUUGUAGCUUAUUCCUAGAGACAGCCAAGCGUCCAUUUCAACAAGGGGAUUUGAACCAGAGGACUCGAGCAUUUUCAUCGACAGAAUAUUGAGAAUAACUAUGUUGGCAGAUGAAUGGAAUUCACUGAAAGGUGGUUUAUCAACUUUUAAUAGAGAACUUGCUAUUCACUUCGCGAGAAAUCCAAAAGUCGAUGUCACUUUCUUCGUCCCACAUGGUGUUUGUGGGAGAGAAGUAAAGGAAACAGCAAAAGAGAAAGGGGUUACAAUUAUCGAGGCAGAACAACUCACAGCUUGUACUUCCCAAGAACAAUUAUUUUUCCCACCGAAAGACCCUCAAAUUGACAUAAUCAUCGGCCAUGGUGUGAAGCUUGGAAGACAAGCUCAAGUUAUUAAAAACUCCCAUAGGUGCAAGUGGGUUCACGUGGUUCACACCGUGCCUGAGCAACUUGGUAUGUUCAAAGACUAUCCGAAAGCUAUUGCAAAAGGUGAAGAGAAGAACCUAAGCGAGCUGGAGCUGUGUGCAAAAGCCGACCUUGUCCUGCCAGUUGGUCCAAAAUUAGAGAGCUUUUACUCCCAUCGUCUCCGUGGUGUUAAGAAAAAGCAAGACGUUAUGAAAUUUACUCCUGGCAUAAUAGAGGAUCUAACGGAUGCUGAACAAUCACCACACGAGAAUGACGUGUUUCAGGUUCUUGUGUUUGGGCGUGGUGAUAACGAGGACUUCAGACUUAAAGGUUACGACAUAGUAGCCGAGGCAUUCGCACUUGACGAGCUAAAAAAAGAUUGCUUUCACAUAAAAUUUGUCGGUGCAUCUAGUGAGCAACAAGACAAUUUUGCUGAGAGGAUUUUGCGGUAUGGUGUUCGCGAAAAUCAAUUGAGUUUCGGGCGUUACGUUGAAGAUAGAAAACUAUUAAAGCAAUUACUAGUCAGCGUGGAUCUUGUUCUUAUGCCUUCAAGAACUGAAGGAUUCGGUUUCACUGCGCUCGAGGCCUUGUCUGCCGGUGUGCCAAUUCUUGUUGGCAAAAGCUCAGGUUUCGCAAAAGCGCUAAGUGAUGUAGAAUUUGGAGACCACUGUGUGGUUGAGAGUGAAAAGGCAAAAGAUUGGUCAGACGCGAUCAUAAAGGUUUUCGAGAAGAAAAGGGGAAAACGCCUGAAAGAAAUACAAAGCCUGCGAAAAUCUUAUAAACAGACGUACAGUUGGAAAAGGCAAUGUGAAACUCUUGUGGAUAAAAUGUGGAGAAAGGUUUUUACUGAGUAAAGGAUUGUAAUCAUAUGAAAAGAUGCAACUCAAGUAAUGGACAGAGUUUUCUGUGCUGAAUAGAUCUACACGAAUGAACAGCUACUUCGCGAUAUUCAUGAAAAGGAGGCAACUCCGCUACCUCACUCCAAAAUUUUAAGUUUAGCUAGUGAAUCAAUGUAAUGUUUCACCACAAGCAAUUAUUAAAUUAUUUAUAUAUUUAUCUAAUGAACAUUGCAAGAAAAUGAAGAUAGUGAACUAAAUUUAUACAUAAAACUAGUAACAGUGCACUUGAAUCAAGGUUUAAGUUUCUUCUUUGACUGCACACAACAACGUGAGGGAAAGUAGUGGCCUGAUUGGUAGGCCUGUGCACUCGGGUUCUGACACCGAUUCGCUAAAUUUGUAAAAUGUAUACACACUUAGAUUUUACAAGUUUCAUACUUUGACUCGC